AUGGUAUUGAGGCCUUUGAGGUUAGCUAGGAAAGUAGAGGCUGGCAGCGGAGCAGGACAGCGAGGAGAUCGAAAAGGAGUGAAAAUACUGAGGGAGAAGAAUGAUGGUGCAGUGAAGAUAAAAGUGACGCUGCAGGAGGCAUCGACACACCCCGGGGAAGCAUUGAGGGAUUGGGCGGUCAGAAAAAGGUGGGAUCUCACAUUUGUACGGAGCGAAAAAAGUAGGAUAACAGUUGUGUGCAAGAAAAGGUGUCCGUGGCAGAUCCAUGCCUCAUGCGUAAUGGGCGGGACAACCUUCCAAAUCAAGAUGAUGAAGGGAGAACAUAGUUGUGCACACCAGACCGACAAAAAGCAGACAUAUUUCAAGUACAUUGGAACAAGGAUAAAGGACAUUGUGACUGAUAAUCCUAAUAUCAACUUGCCGGCUUUAAAGAAGAAAAUUCGGAGGAAGCACAACAAUGGAAGUACUUGCAUUCUUGAUGCGGAUCGGUCAGUUUCGCCUCCCACCCUUGAGAGGACGUACUGCUGCUUGGCAGUUUUGAAACAGGGAUUUCUUGACGGAUGUUGGGCAAUCAUCGGCCUAGAUGGAUGUUUCUUGAAAGGGCUAUAUAAGGGUCAACUGCUCACGGCCAUUGGUAAGGAUCCCAAUGAAAACAUAUACCCCAUGGCUUUUGCAUUUGUGGAGAUGGAAAAAUUUGAAACAUGGGAUAGGUUUUUGGAGCAGCUUAUGUGGGAUUUGAAGGAUUGCAGUGACGGGGAGUGGGCUUUCCUUUCAGAUAGACAGAAGGAGCUGGUCGAGGCAAUGACAGCCUGGACACCUAGGGCCGAGCAUCAAUUAUGUGUCCGAAAUUUGUAUAACAACUUCAAGGGGCAGUUCAAGAGGUUGGAAUUAAAGAAAUUGUUCUGGAAAGCAGCGUUUACUUACAACAUUAAGGAACAUGAGAAGACAAUGCGUAAAAUUCAAAAAUAUGACACACCUCAUGGCAUUGGCGAAGAGGCUUACGACUGGUUGAGUGACAUUGCGGAACAUCACUGGUGUCAUGCCUAUUUCCCGGUAAGGACAAAGAGCGAUGUUUGGGGAAACAACAUGUGUGAAUCUUUCAAUCGUCGUACUUGCACUUGCGGGAUGUAUCAGAUCGCCGGAUAUCCAUGCUGCCACGCUGUUGCUGCAAUAGAUUACCAUAGAUUUAAAAUUGAACACUAUGUCGAUAAUUGUUUUAAGAAGGAAACCUAUUGUCGAGUAUACAGUCAUAGCAUAAACUCGGUACUAGGCAUGCAUGCAUUUGAGGAAUCAUCACUUGGCGCAGUCGCACCUCCUAUUGUAAAACCAUGA